CACUUGGAAAUGGCUUCCAAGGGUAAAACGAAAAAGAAGAAGAACAAGUGCUGCCCUUGCUUUUCUACAUCAGCAUUGCAGGAAGACGCUUCUGGAGAGCAGCUCAAUGACUUAGAGCCAGAUGAAGAAAUUAAGCUUUUAUAUGAGUUUGGAAGCUAUCUUGAUUACAUUGAAACCCCCCAAAAAGGCUGUGACAAAGUGAAAAGCAAAUCUAAAAAGUCUGGAAAGGAGUGGAAGACACAGGAGAAACAAAAGAAAAAUAAGCCUGAUCUCUGUAAAGGAAAGGAAAAUAUGGGCACAUAUGAAGAAAACACUACCAAAGAAAGUGAUAUUACAAAGAGUAAACUUCUUAAGAAGAUCAAGCAUAAUACUGAAACACAAAAUCAAUUGGACUGUACAAAAAGAAACUUCUGCAAGAAGCAAGACGCUACUACUCUCCCUUGGAUUUCAGUUAAAAAAAAAGCAAAGAAAAUAAAGCUUCUUCAGGAUACCAGUGCUUUUAGUGGCAAUCAGGAGAACUUUGGAGAGAGAAAUUGCAAACGUAUUAAAAACUCUAAAAUGGUACAUAAAGGUAAUAAUAUUCAAGUCAAUCAAAAGCAGCUCUGCCUUCCUUCAGCACAAGUUUCCUUUGUAACUGAAAAAGGUGAACACAAGGAAUUAAGUCAUAGGGAGAGUUCUUGGACACCUUGCAAACAUGUAGGUCUUGAUUCUGUUGUACACAGUUUAACUGGUGGAAUCAUAGCGGGUUUUAAAAAACAAAGGAAAUUGAAUAAGGAAGUGCCAGUUUGUUGUUUACUAGGAGCCAAUGCCACUGACAUAAACAACUGUACUAGCAGUAUAGAGCCUCUUUUGUCCUCUAGUCCAGCAGCUCUGGAGAUUAAAAUUUAUGACUCAGAAGAUGAAUUCAAUGUGGGAAGCCUAAGGGACAAGGGAGCUUCUCUCAUGACCUCAAAAACUGAAGCAGUAUGCAACAAUGUUGAUCAGAGUCAAGAGCUUUUUAUAACUCAGAAGUCUUUUUUGCCAGUACAGAUUCCCAAUAGUAACAGUAACUUCUUAUCAGUUUAUGCUCAAAACCAUGCUAAAGAAACAAGUGUAGAGAGAAGUGGCAAAAAAGGAAACUAUAUUGAUGCUUCGCAGUUUUCUCAGGCAUCUUCAAACAGAGAAACUUGUGAUGAACACUCUCAGAUUUCUCAGUUCAGUUUGACACCGAGUAGGGGAGGAGAGAGAAAUUCAGCUAUGCGAGAGUGUGCAAUUCAGACAGAAGACUUUUUCAGCUGUCCAGCUCUUACUUCCUCUUUACUAAUCAGAGAGAGAUUUGCAGAUUGCUGUGAAAAACCACUGGACCUCAGUUUGCCUUACAGAACUAGAUCAAGUGCAGGAAAUACAGGAAGAGCAUCCUGUUCCCUGGAGGGUGCAGGUGAUGGUGCUCAUGUAUCCUCCAAACACAUGUUGGAGCCUAUGUGUCUUAUACAAAAUCAUCCUGCCAGUCUAGCUCUUGAUGAUGAAAGAGGAAAUGAUGUGUUUACUCAAUCUCGAAAAUCAGAUGAGGUGAAAUAUGUUCAGACACUGCUUAAUUCGUCUUAUUUCUUUAAAGUGAAGGGUGAUUCAGACAUUGGAGUUUCUAGAACACCUUUACUGAAGCCAAGAUUAGCGAAGAGGAAAAACACUGGAGUAGGUGAAACAAGACUGGAGAAGUUCUAAUACAGAAGAAUGUUAGUCCCACUACCCAGAUAAGAUUGUUCUUUUGUAUACGUAUUUUAUAGUUCUUCAAAAAUAGUUUUUAUGUCAGAUUGUCUGACUCUUUCAGAGCAGCAAAAUCUAUCAGGUGGCCUGGAAAGUAGUACAUUUGUAUAUUGUUUAUAUACAGUGUAACAUACUGCAACACAGAUCAGUACAGUUUUCUUCCUGAAUUCAACAUAGGGCUUUUGUCCCCAGUAACUUUUAGAUAAGCAUGGUCUGUGCCUCUUCUGUAUUUUCACUUGUGAUCCAGUUAACAUCCUGUUAAAUUAAACACAGGUGGUUUUAACUUUAGACACAAUAAUGUUUUGUAUUGCCCAUGCUGUAGGAACAUAUCUUAUAAAAUUUGUAAAGUGAAUAGUUUGAUCUGCUCACAUGCCGAAUAAUCAUAUGCUGCUCAGUCACUAAAUUGUUCUGUGUUAGGGUUAGCUGUGUGUGAAGUUAUUUCUGCAACUUAGAAUGCAAGAACUAUUUUUUCCCAAACUCAUAUUACAUUAUUCAAGUAAAUAAGGAAUGUAUUUUUAUAAAACAAAACAUGACUAAAACUUCCAUGCUAUCCAUUUAUAAUUGUGUACACACCAUAGCAAUUGUAACCAUAGCAGUUGAACCAGGAUAGUUCUGUCUCUACAAGUCUUCAAGUCAAAGAAGAUACAUGUAAGUCUUGAACUAAUUCAUUUUAGGGUAGGUCGGGUUACAUUUAUCUUAGCUUUCUUUUCUAGAAAGAUCUUGCAAGACUACACUUACACAUAUAUAGAAAUGUAAUAAAUACUGCUUCCUCUGGGUUUUCCUGAAUCAAAUCCAAUAUCGUUCAGAUUUGUGGGGGGUUGUAUGAUCUGUUUGACUUAAAACACUUUUAUGCUUAAAUCACCAGAUUUUAGAAUAGGAGAAACUAAUGUUAAAAAAAAAUGUUAGUGUUCGUUCACAAAAUGAGGGGUGUUAUGGAAAGUAUUCUCAGUUAACUCUGUUAAUUAUCCUUUGUACUUAUGUUGUAGAUUUAAUAUUCAGUUUAUUUUUUUGAAUUGUAUUUGUUAUAAUAGUUAAUUCUUGAAGAAACUGAUAAUUUUUAAAAAAAUAAAACAUUGCAAUUUA